UAAUGUAUACCUUUUCUUUUUUUUUUAAUCAAGCUCAGACAAAUUACAUAUAGAAAAACAAGAAUCCCCAAAACAGAGCAUCUAUACUUUAUCAAUUGUACGGUUGCACCUCCGUUUCCUAUCGUAUUACUCGAUAUUUGAGAUCAAAUCACGUCUAUAUUAUUAAUCCUUUCGCCUUCCUUUAAUGUAUGCGGCUCCAAAAGAUAUAUACUUAUAAAUAUAUCUUUAAUAUAUAUCUUUUUUUAAAUAUUGGAAGACCUUUAUUCUCAUAUUCCAUCCUUAACCCCUCAUUUCUCUCUGCUCCUCACAAUUCAUCCUCCACCCACUAUUCACAGAAUCAAAAACCCACUUUCUAAGAAAACCCAAGAAUUUUUUAAAAUAUUAUCAUUUCUUACAUUCCCAUUUUUCAUUUUAUUUCAAAAAAAAAAAAAAAAAAUUCCAUUGAUUCUGAUCAUCUUUUUACAAUCUUGCUCUCCUCUCUUUCACGAGCCAAAACGAGGUCGUUUUGAAUCGUGAUGGCUCCUCGGCUAAUCUCCUGCUUUGGAAAAUCAGGGCGCGCGUCGAAAGGCGGUAAAAACGACGUCGCAGCAACCGCGGACGAGGCCGCGGAGGAGCAAAGAAGAGGUGGAGACGGCCCUGUAUUGGUGGAGCUAUUUUUAUCACAAGGAUGUAAGGUAUCUCCUGAAGCUGAGCUUCUAUUAUCAAGAUUGGGCCGAGGAGAUUUUAAUUUGGGCCAGCCCAUAAUUGUAUUGAGCUUUCAUGUGGAUUAUUGGGAUUAUAUGGGCUGGAAAGAUCCAUAUGGGUCAAGUCAAUGGACUGUUAGACAAAAGGCCUAUGUUGAGUCAUUACAACUUGAUACCAUGUUUACCCCUCAAAUUGUGGUACAAGGUGGGUCCCAAUGUGUUGGUAAUGAAGAGAAUAAACUUCUCUCUAAUAUUGCUAAUGCUCCUAGAUUUCCUUCCCCUAAUUUUCAGGCAACCAUCAAAAGACCAACACCUGAAACCUUGGAAGUUGCAUUCACAGGACAGAUUCGGAUGAAGAUAGACAAUCAGGGAGCUAACAUUAUGGUGGCAUUGUACGAGAAUGGGUUGAUAACUGACUGUCCAAAGGGGGAGAAUAAAGGCAUGGUUCUCUCCAAUGAUUUUGUCGUUAGGAGGCUCGAGAAGCUAUGCUCCCUCAAAGACACCUCAGCCAAGAAGAACAUCACUGGGACUAUUAACUUCGCUCUAUGGGAGCCAUUCAUCAGCCACAAGUGUGGUAUGGCUCUCUUUGUGCAACAGAACAGCUCCCAUCAUAUCUUUGGCUCUCAGAAAUUCGACAUUCCACAAGAUCUGUGAUUUCGGAGAAGUUUAAGGGCAUUUUUUUACUUAUAAAGAAAUGGAACAAAUUCACUGAUAAUGUGCAUGCGAAAUGGUUUUUUUUAAAGGAUAUGAAACAUGAUGAUCCUAAGCCACACUACCUGGCUUUGUACAGAGUUUCAUUUGGGUUAGAUAUAUUUUUGUAUCGUUUCGGUUGGUUUUGUAUCUUUGAUUUGAUCUAGAGUCUGGAAGAGAGGAUUGUCAUUUGAUUAUGAUGUUAUGUUUAGUUCAAAUACAUGAUUUGAGUAUUAAUUUUUGUUUA